AUCUCCUCUUAUCUCUCUUUACCAGCCUACAAAUCAAACAUACCCACUAACCCCUUUUCUCCUUGGAGAACCCUUAUACACAUUAAAGGUGAAAGCUUUAAUCUUUUUUCUUGAAAACAAACACUUGAUUCUUGAUUUUGCCCUUAAAGGUGAAAGCUAAAAUCUUUUUUCUUGAAAAUAAACACUUGAUUCUUGAUUUUGCCCUUAAAGGUGAAAGCUUUAAUCUUUUUUCUUGAAAACAAACACUUGAUUCUUGAUUUUACCCUUAAAGGUGAAAGCUUUAAUCUUUUUCUUGAAAACAAACACUUGAUUCUUGAUUUUGCAAUUUAGAGAUAUGGCUAUUGCAUACCCACAUUUCUUUGGGUCUGAAAAAACCAAGAAUUUGAAGCCAUCUUUGAUGGUUACUCCUACCCCAUCACCUGUCAUUUUAUCCCAAGAUGAGUUAAAGAAAAUUGCUGCAUAUAAGGCUGUUGAGUUUGUUGAGUCUGGCAUGGUUUUGGGUCUUGGAACAGGGUCCACAGCUAAACAUGCUAUAGACCGUAUAGCAGAAUUGUUAAGGAUUGGGAAAUUGAAGAACAUUGUAGGAAUACCCACAUCAAGUAUUACCCAUGAACAAGCUGUUUCAUUAGGGAUACCUUUAUCAGAUUUGAAUGCACACCCAAUUCUUGAUUUGGCAAUUGAUGGUGCUGAUGAAGUUGACCCACAAAUGAAUUUGGUUAAAGGAAGAGGGGGGUCAUUACUAAGGGAGAAAAUGGUGGAAGCUGCUUCUAAGAAAUUUAUUGUUAUUGUUGAUGAGUCAAAAUUGGUGAGUCAUUUGGGUGGAACUGGCCUUGCUAUGCCAGUUGAGAUUGUACCCUUUUGUUGGGAAUUUACAUUGAGAAGGCUUGAGAUGUUGUUUAUUGAAGCUGGUUGUGUUGGGAAGCUGAGAGUAGUUAGGGAAAGUAGUGAACCAUAUGUUACUGAUAAUGGGAAUUAUAUUGUUGACUUGUAUUUCAAGAGUGAUAUGGGUGAUUUAAAGGAAGCUAGUGAUGCAAUUUUGAGGCUUGCAGGUGUGGUUGAACAUGGGAUGUUUCUCGAUAUGGCGACUACUGUGAUCGUUGCAGGAAAGCUUGGCGUCUUCGUGACUAAUAAGUAGGAUCAAGGUUAAUGUGAUCAUGUGUUCUUUUAGCAACCUUAGUUUUCUAUAUAAAUUUUGACUAAGAUAUUAGGAUAUGUAAGUAUUGGUAUUGUAGCAAUCCAAUUGGAGAAGUCUUGCUGAACUAUUUAUGUGGCAAGGACAAUGUAGGUGCAUUUGCAAAAAACUUAUAUAUUGAAUUAUUUGGGGUAUUUGCCUUAAAUUUGCAAUCUUUUUGAGAGAAACUUGGUGACAUC